CUCUUCUGGAGUUGUCAUCUGGGAACAUCGAGAGCCGCAAUCCUUGGACAUGGUCUUCCGCAGGUCGGCGGUGGAGAGGAAGCCAGACGCGAAGCGGGUUUACUGAGGGGAGCGAGCGGAGAAAACGCGCGCAGACGGGAGUCGCACCCUUGCGCCACUGUUCCCUCACACGGCUUCGCCUUGCCUCCGCGGCAGCGGAAGUACGCGCGCUCCGGAUUAUUGCCACAAGCCCAGGAAUGGGGCGCUGGACAGGAGCCUCGGUAGCCGGCGGGGAACGCUUUGGGGCGAGACGUGCCGCCGCCGCCGCCGUCCUUCUCCGGUUGUUGCUGGCCGGUAGUUUAUGCGCCGCCGUGGACGAGAAGAGAGUUUGCCAAGGAACCAACAACAAGAUAACACAGCUUGCAACUAUGGACGAACACUACAACCUCCUAAAGAGAAUGUAUGAAGACUGUGAGGUGGUGCUUGGUAAUCUGGAGAUCACCUAUAUGGAUCACAACUACAAUCUCAGUUUCUUAAGGAGCAUAAAAGAGGUUGGUGGAUAUGUGCUUAUAGCAAUGAACACAGUGAGAAGUAUACCUUUGGAGAAUCUCCAGAUAAUCCGAGGAAACAACCUUCAUGAAAAUGCUGCACUGGCAGUUUUAAUAAACUUUGUUGAUACGAGGGGACUCGAACAGCUGCAAAUGAGAAAUUUAACAGAAAUUCUAAAAGGCGGAGUAAAAUUCAAGAAUAACCCUUAUCUCCGUAACAUGGAUAACGUUCUGUGGCAUGACAUUUUUGAUAAACUUAAUCCCAUGCCUUUUAUUCGGUUUGAACAUACAGUGACAUUGCCAAAGCCGGACAAUAAAACUUCCCCCCAGUGCCAUCCCAAUUGUACACGAGGGCAUUGCUGGGGUCCUGGCUUAGAGAACUGCCAGAUACUAACGAAGGUUGACUGUGCAGCACAGUGUUCAGGCCGGUGCAAGGGGCAGUUGCCGAGUGACUGUUGUCAUACCCAGUGUGCAGCAGGAUGCACAGGCCCUAAAGAGAGUGAUUGCCUGGCAUGUCGCAGGUUUCGGGACGAUGCAACUUGCAAGGACGCUUGCCCAUUAUUGCAUACGUAUAAUCCUAUCACCUAUCAGGUGGAAGACAACCCAGCUGGAAAAUAUAGCUUUGGAGCAACCUGCGUAAAGAACUGUCCACAUAAUUAUGUGGUAACAGACCAUGGUUCAUGUGUCCGGUCAUGUGGUCCAGACUAUACUGAGGUGGAGCAAAAUGGCAUUCGAAAGUGUAAAAAAUGUGAUGGCCCAUGUAGCAAAGUGUGCGGUGGGAUUGGAAUAGGUGACUUUAAAGGUGUUCUUGCUGUCAAUGCAUCCAAUAUUGACUAUUUCAAAAAUUGCACCACAAUUAAUGGAGAUCUCACAUUUCUGAAAGUAUCAUUUUCAGGUGAUGAAUACACAAACACACUUCCUUUGGACCCAAAGAAGCUGGAAAUUUUUAAAACUGUUAAAGAAAUAACAGGUUUUUUGUCGAUCCAGGUUUGGCCUCAAAAUAUCAGUGAUUUAAAUGCGUUUGAAAAUCUGGAGAUUAUACGCGGCAGAACAAAACAAUUGGGCCAAUAUGCUCUCUCAAUCGUUAACCUGAAUAUAAGUUCUCUGGGAUUGCGGUCUCUCAAGGAAAUAAGUGAUGGAGACGUUACCAUUUUGAAAAAUUACCAGCUCUGCUAUGGUAACACAGUUGAUUGGAAGAAACUUUUUGUAAUAGAAAAUCAGAAAGCAAAAAUUGACAAAAACAAAAAUGAGAAUCAAUGUGUUGCUGCAAAACAGGUUUGUCAUCCCCUCUGCUCAGACGUAGGCUGCUGGGGCCCAGGACCUUCCCAGUGCUUUUCUUGCCUCUACGUUAGUCGUCAACGAGAGUGUAUAAAAGAAUGCAACAUUUUGCAAGGGGAGCCUCGGGAGUUUCUAAGUCAUUCUGAGUGUCUUCCAUGCCAUCCGGAAUGCCUGGUGCAAAAUUCAACUGAAUCCAUUUUAACGUGCACAGGAUCUGGUCCAGACAACUGUACAGCAUGUGCCCAUGCAAUGGAUGGUCCUCAUUGUGUCAAAACUUGUCCUGCUGGCGUUCCAGGUGAAAAUGACACUUUAGUAUGGAAAUAUACAGAUGAAAAUUCAGUGUGUCAAUUUUGUCAUCCAAACUGUAUUCACGGAUGCAAAGGGCCAGGACUUGAAGGUUGUCCUAGUGGCUCUAAAGUCGCAUCCAUUGCAGCUGGCGUUGUUGGAAGCAUCCUCGGCGUAGUUGUGAUAGCACUGGGUAUUGGUCUCUAUCUGCGUAGGCGUCGCAUUGUUAGGAAGCGCACUUUGCGCAGACUGCUACAAGAAAGAGAGCUUGUUGAGCCCUUGACGCCCAGCGGGGAGGCACCGAACCAAGCACUUUUAAGGAUUCUAAAGGAAACAGAAUUUAAAAAGCUCAAAGUUCUUGGCUCUGGAGCUUUUGGCACUGUCUUUAAGGGGGUCUGGAUUCCAGAAGGGGAAGGAGUUAAAAUUCCUGUGGCUAUUAAGGAAUUGAGAGAGGCCACAUCUCCCAAAGCCAACAAAGAAAUUCUUGAUGAAGCAUAUGUGAUGGCGAGUGUUGACAACCCCCAUGUGUGCCGUUUGCUGGGAAUUUGCCUCACAUCCACUGUUCAGCUCGUCACCCAGCUUAUGCCUUAUGGCUGCCUUCUUGACUAUAUCCGAGAGCACAAGGAUAACAUUGGAUCGCAGUAUCUUCUCAAUUGGUGUGUGCAGAUUGCAAAGGGGAUGAAUUAUUUGGAGGAACGCCGCUUGGUACACCGUGAUUUGGCUGCCAGGAAUGUCCUUGUCAAGACUCCUCAGCAUGUGAAGAUCACUGACUUUGGAUUGGCCAAAUUGCUUGGUGCAGAGGAGAAGGAGUACCAUGCAGAAGGAGGAAAAGUUCCUAUUAAAUGGAUGGCUCUGGAGUCUAUUCUGCACCGCAUUUAUACCCACCAAAGUGAUGUCUGGAGUUAUGGUGUCACAGUUUGGGAAUUAAUGACAUUUGGAUCAAAACCAUAUGAUGGUAUCCCAGCAAGUGACAUUUCCUCUGUCUUGGAGAAAGGGGAACGAUUGCCUCAACCUCCCAUUUGUACAAUUGAUGUCUACAUGAUCAUGGUUAAAUGCUGGAUGAUAGAUGCAGAGAGUCGCCCCAAAUUUCGGGAACUGAUGGCAGAAUUCUCAAAAAUGGCUCGGGACCCCCAACGCUACCUGGUUAUACAGGGAGAUGAUAGAAUGCACUUACCAAGCCCAACGGACUCGAAGUUUUACCGAAGCCUGAUGGAAGAGGAGGAUAUGAAGGACAUUGUGGAUGCCGAUGAAUACCUCAUUCCACACCAGGGAUUUUUCAGCAGCCCAUCAAAUUCACGGACACCUCUCUUAAAUUCAUUGAGUGCUACCAGCAAUAAUUCUACAGCUGAAACCUGCAUUGAUAGAAAUGGGCUGGGAUAUCCUGUGAGAGAAGACAGCUUUAUCCAGAGAUACAGCUCAGACCCAACAGGAGUUAUCCUGGAUGACAGCUUGGAUGACGGCUUUCUGCCUGCUCCAGAAUAUGUGAACCAGCUAGCAGCCAAAAAAGCAUCUGCUUCCGUCAUGCAAAAUCCAGUCUACAACAAUUUCUCCCCUCCCAUUGAUCCAAAGCCUGUGGCUGAUUCAAACCAUCAGAAUUCCCAUAACACAGCACUGGAUAACCCAGAAUAUCUCAAUACAAGCCUCUCUCCUUUUGCUAACACCGUUUUUGACAGUUCCCCCUUUUGGGACCUGCCAGCCAACCACCAAAUAAAUCUGGACAACCCUGAUUACCAGCAAGACUUCUUGCCCAGGGAGACCAAACCUAAUGGCAUCUCUAAACUUCCUGCAGCUGAGAAUCCCGAAUACCUAAGGUUAGCGGCACCAAAAUGUGAAUACAUUGAAGCCUCAGCAUGACCACUGAGAAGAGAGACUUCUUGUAGCACCAACAACAAGGACAGGAAUUCAAGUGAUAGAGCUGGCUCAGGUUGAAACAAACUAUAGGGAGAUAAAAGAGCAGUCACAAUGUACCAGCAUUCACUCUUCUUUCCUCCAAGUUUUACCCAGCUUGCUUAAGACUUCCCUUACCUUUGUCUGUGCGGAAGAUGCAGUGUGGAACAAAGAGAAAUCAUCCAGCAAGCAAGAAGUCAUUGUUGCAUUCAUUCUUUUCUUAACAAGCUAUAUAGAAUUGCAUCCUCUGGAUGAAUGUUAACAACUGUGAUUAGCAUCCACUUUAAAUCCUUCUGAUGCUCUGUAUUUCAUAAAACAGUUUUGGUAUUUUUAAGAGCUUUUAUGAUGUCAAGAUGACCAGAUAUUGAACUAUUGGUGCCAUGUGGAUUAAUGCGAAGAUGAGGGAAGGAAUCGAGAUCCAAGGCAUUUUUCUGUGUCUCCUGAAUAGAGUUGACCAACCUCUUAAGAUUUAAAGGG